AAAUAAACCGCGUCGACUAUGAAUAAGUUUUUAGACUACAACCAGAAGGUGUCAGAAGCUAAAAGAUCUGUCUCGAAGGGGCUAAAGCAAGGAGAUACCAAGUCAACUAUGGACUUGAGUAAAUAAAUCAAGCUGGUCCCUAGCCCUGGGCGAUUUGGUGAGACAAACCAAGCGAAAUGUAGACGGAUUUAACCAAACAAAUCCCAAAAUUGGUGGAAUUGAGAGAUCUCAUAGUUCUUUCAACAAUAAGAGGAACUCAACAAGGAAUGUUGGAUAUUCAAACUUGAACCUAAAUCUUGGCUCUCUUGAAUCGAAUAAUUCUGUCAGAGGCAAUAUUGCUGCAUCGUUCGAGAAAGACAAUUCGACACAGAAAGCAGUCAAGAAGUAUAAGAUGCUACAGCAAGAUUUUAUUCAAAAGAGAGAAAGACCUCCAAAAAUGCCACAAGUCCAGGAGCAAGAAGACCCCAGAGUGCAACUAAUUAAUAAGGAAAUAUCUACUAUUAAGAAGGAACAAGUCCUGCUACACAAGGACUUCAAGAGACUCAGAGACGGUCAGGAGAAUAUUCUUAACAAUCAGGUUACUGAGUUAAGACUGCAAGAACAACUUAGUGUACUUCAUGUGGAACUUGAGAAGAAGUUUGAAUCCAAGUUAAAGCAUGCACUUCAGACACAGCCAGAUAAGAAGGUUGAUAAGGUAGCUGCCUCAAUUCUUAAGGCUGUUGACCAGAAGUUUCAUAAGGAUGCUGAAUUAAAGCAGAAAAUCUUUUACAAGCUUGAUGAGAGGCUGAAUCAAGUUGAAGGCAAUCUCAAUAAAUAAAUCUAAUGAGCUGACUAACUUGGUAAACUCUAAGGUUAUGUGUUGUAAGACAGAGCUCAAUGAAGCAAUCCAAGAGCUAAGAAGGACAUGCAAAAUCAUGAUUGAUCAGAUCGAUACAACUAAUAUAAAGAAGUUAAUUGAAACAGAUAGGCAAAACUUUGAAAAUAGGAUAGAGAAUCUCGAACAAAGCAAUAGUAGCAUCAAGGCUCAGAUCAACACCUUCAAGUCAGAUAUAAUUGAAGACGUCGAACAGCUAAGGGCCGAAGUUAACUCUGUCAAAAUUAGCCAGAAGAAGCAGCUUAAUAGUCAACUUACCUCAGAUGAAGUUGAGACUAUGAUACAGAACAACGUCCCUGAUUUCCUAAUAGACUAUGCUAAAAUUGAUGCUGUCAACAACCUGAAAGAGAGGUUUAGUGCUUUCCAAGAAAGAACAGAGGAAAAUAUCCAAGAAUCUUUGCUUAAAGCAGAUGAAAUCCAUAACCAAGUUUAUGACAAGUUUAUCAUGAAUAUAAAGAAUGAGUGGGACUUGAGAUUUGAAAACUUUGACAACAGAAUAGAAAGCUUGGGGGAUGACCUCUCUGCUCAGAUUGAAGGGCAGGAUCAGAUCUUCAAAGACACUAUGGAUGUCCAGAGCGAAGCUCUUUCUCAUACAAGUGAUGAGAUUAGAGAGCUUAAGUCUCAGAUCUGCAACCUUAACACAAAGAUUAUUGAAAUUCAAAACCAGUCGAAUCUUGUAGACACUAAAGAUGACACUGGGAGUAAAUCAUCCUCAAGGAUGAAAAGGGAAGAGGCUCAAGGAUAUGACCUUCCACAUAAUAUUGAUGAUAGUCUUCAGAAGUUCAAGAUAAGCCCAGCAAAGUCAGAUGAUUCUGAGCCUUGUCAGGAUCACAAAAAAAAUAUUAACCAUAUGGAUAUUGAAGAGCCUAAGAACAAUAUUGAAGAUAAUUCUGUAUUUGGGCUUACCCCAACAUCUCAGCUCCAAUCAAAAGGUAUGAGUAGAAUUAAUAAGAGUCCAUUUGAUGAAAAGAUCGAACAAAGCUCCAAAAAGUCCUCUGUGAUUGUGAAACCAGUUGAGCAAGAGCAUUCUUCUCCAUCAGUACAAGAGGAUAAUGAAGAUCAAAAAGACUUUGAGAAUCAUGAAAACUCAGAAGAUCACGAAGAUCAAGAAGACCUAGAAAGUCAAGAAGAAGACCAAAAGACUGAAGUGGAAAUAGAACAAGAGAUCGACGAUAAAAAUAGUCUUCCAAGUCUACAGUCUCUUCAAGAAAAUGAACCACAUGAAGUGAGUCAGAGGAGCUUGAUUAUCGACCAAAGUUCUGAGGAGGAAGUCUCUGAACAUGAACACAUCCACGAUGAAUCUCCUGAAGAAGAAGUACAAAAUAAAGACUCUGAUGAAGAAGAGAAAGAAGAGAUUAAAAUUCAGGAAUAUGAUGACCAAGAAAUAGAGGACGCUCCUGAAGACUCUGGGGACGUAAGUCAGCUGUUAGUAAACCAGAGUAUUCUAGAAAUGAAGAAUAACUCUUCUAUUCAAGACCCCUCUAUUCACCAUGUGGUAGAUGAAAUCUCUGAGUAUAUCCUUGCUGAAGAGACCUUUGAUGCUAUUAAUGAUGUCCUGAGAAUUGGAUGCUCUGAGCAAGACAAUACCUUUGAAGAAGAAAAUUUAAUUUAUGAAGAACCCCCACAACACAGAAGAAUGGGAUCUGAGCCAGACUUUAACCCUGAAGGCUCUCACCGAGAAUAUGAUAUCAAUUAUAAUGAAUAUGGAUACCAAGAUGCCAGUGAGAUUGAAGGUGAAGGUGAACUAGAUUACGGAGAGAUGUUUGACUCUGACCAAGAAAAUCAUCAGCUCAAUACUUAUGAUAGAAUUGAUCAAAGAGGUUCAGAGCAACUGAAGUUUAAUCACCCUGAAUUCCACAAAACUUCUUUGAAUUAUCCUCCAAGGUACAAAUAAUUAUACAGUAAUUCAAUCGUAUUUCAC